GGCUUGCAGCAUAAUUCCAAUUUUGCACUAUAAAUUAAGAAGCUUCACAGCCAUUUGAAAAGGAAACACUCUCUUCUAUUAUACAGCAAACUAAAGACAGGAAAAAUCAUGCCUUGCUUUAAUGUUUCAACUAACGUGAAUCUUGAUGAAGUCGACACUGCUCUUUUCUUCUCUGAAGCAACCAAAGCUAUUGCUUCUAUCAUCGGUAAACCCGAGAACUUCGUAAUGGUUGUACUGAAAGGAUCAGUGAACAUAUCAUUUGGAGGGAACAAGGAACCAGCUGCAUUUGCUGAAAUUGUAUCAAUGGGUGGCAUUAACUCGGAUGUCAAGAGAAAUCUUAUUGCUACUCUCGGCACCAUUUUGCAGAAUAAUUUCUCCAUUCCCAGAACUCGAUUCUUUCUCAAGGUCUAUGAUACAACAAUGGCUUCCAAAUUCUCCAAACUCUAAUUUUCUCAAACCAAUAUCAUUGUCAUUUUCAUUCUCCUUUUUGUUUGCAAAGCAAUGAAAGCAUGAUAUAGUGAUUUUAUAUAAGGGCAAUUCACCCUUCCCAGUUCCCAUUGCUUUUAAA